AUGAAUAUACAGGGAGGUGCUCAACAACAAUCUGAUAACAAUAACAACAACAAUAGUAAUAGUAAUAAGAGUGAGAAAGCAAUGGAUACGAGUGAAGGAAAUAAACCAAAGGCUGCCGUCGAUAACUUUAAAAACUAUUUUACAGAGUUAUCAAAGCAAUUGAAACAAGAGAAACUCGGUGAUCUCUCUGUAUUAUUACAAUUACUAAGGUCACAGGAAACCUAUUGUAAAAUACCUCCUGCCAAUGUAUUCUACCUUACCAAGGUCAUUGAAUUCAUUUCACUACUCAUUAUAGAUAAUGUCGACAAAGAGUUGAUUCAUUCAUUUAGUAAAAGUUCAUUAGAUUUCUGUUUGAAUUCACUUGAGAGAUGGUGUGAUUCAGAGAGAAACAUUGGUAACAACAACAACAGCAACAAUAAUAAUAAUAAUACAACAACAACAACAACAACAACAUUUAAAUCAUUGAAUCAAAUCUAUCUUCUAUCGGUUAUAGAUAUGUUAUGUUGUAUAGAGUAUCCAUCAACCGAUUUCGACAAGUCUGCACUUGAUGACAUACCUUCAUUUCUUGAUUUAGAUAUUCCAUUUGUUACUGCUGACAAUGAAAGUAAAUUGACAUCAGUAUCAGAUUCCUCGAAACAAACAAAGUCGGAUAGUGUUGAAACCAAUACAUCAACAACAACUACAGCAACAACUUCAACAACAGAUAACUCUACAAAUAUCUUUGAUCAAUUCUUAAAUAAUGGAUUGAAAAACGAUCAGUGGUUGUUAGAGAAACAGAAACAACAAACAGAUUCAGUUUUGAAGACACCGGCAAAUGCCGCCACUGAUUCUUUAAAGUCCAGCAACAAAAACAACAAGCUCACUAGUGGUAGUGAUGACUCUGAUGACGAGGAAGACGAAUCGUCGUCAGAUUCCAACAACGAGGAGUUGGCCAAGAUCUGUUCGAAUCACUUCAAGUCGAUUCACGGACCAUCACGUCUCAUUGCAAUCUGCUCGGGUCUGUUGCUGCCAUACACCGACAAGUUGGAGGUGCAAGAGAAGUUCGAACACAUCAAAGAACGUGAGUACAGCUACGCAAACUUCAUUGGCAACGUACUGGACAUCAUGUUCUCUCGCGAGUUUGACUUUAUGGACAACACUGCCAUCGCCUGGAUGAUUGACUUUUUGGGUACUCUAAUCGGCACCAUCAGAUCGUAUCAAUCUCAUCACCUCAAGCAACAGAUUACCCUUAUCAAAGGCACACUCUUCACCACUCAAAUCUUUGAAAACAUAUUCACAUUCCUCAGUGGAAAGUCACAACAUCCAGAUUUGAAAGCAAAAGCAGAAGUGUUUUUCUCACUUUGUGUUUUGACAGAUAUCGAAAAGAUGAAUGUUAAAUUGGAUGAUUUGAUUGCAUCCAAGAGAGAUUCGUUGAUGCAAGAUCCUGCAGCUGUUGCUUCUUCUGUUCACUUUUGUUGGAGUCCGCAGUUGGUUAUAUUGGCUUUGGAUUUGGUAUUUGCACAUUUGGACAAUGCCUCUACCUUGCAGGAUACUCAGUGGAGUGCGGUGGUCGGAAGUGAUAUCACUGCAGCAAGUCUGACAUCUACACUUCUCAAUCGUGAGCCAACCACCAAGUUUGUAGUCUCAUCUUCUUCUGAGAAGCAAUCGAUUAAUUUCGAUUUCUUCUUGUCAAGAUCAUCAUCAUCGGCACAAAAAACUGCCACAGCUGAAUUCACCAAUCAAGAGUUGUGCAACCGAUUCAUUGCACCAAGACUUUUGGAUUCUGUAUUUACUAUCUUGUAUAUCUCAUGCUUCAAAUUGAAGGAUCAACAUGCACAUCUACCACCAAGUAACAACACCGACAACAACAAUAAUACUAAUCAACUAACAUCACCAUCUAAACAACAAGCAACAUCAACAUCAUCGACAACUGUAAAUAAAGUUACAUCACCCAACAAAAGCUAUGGCGAAGAGGACAGUCUUUUCGGUGUGUUGUUCGAGCCGGACAGCGAGAGCGAUAGUAGUGACGCCGAAGAGGAAUCGAGUUCCUUGAAUUCAUCGUCCGAUCAUCAUAAUAUCCUAUUACAAACACCAGGUGCAUCAUCGUUAUCGGUCUCACAACAGUAUCUUUCGAGUGUUGGACUUUCCAAAGACGACGACACCGAGCUUAGUUUCUUUAACUUUAUCAACGAUUUAUUUACAACAACAACAUCACCAUCGACCAGUUCCAAUUCAUUUAUACAUCUUUUGAAGCAUAGUUUGACAAUCAAUCAUCUCCAGGUGUUAUCGGAGCUUCUCUUUAUGCAAUCGCCCUUUGUCACCAUUGCCAAGGGUGUGGUCGGUCCAUUUCCAAAGGAGGCACUGUCGAAUGUCGCCACCAUCAUUCCACGCGAACAAAUGACCUGGCUUGGUUGGAUCUUUGUUAAACGACAAGCAGCAGCUGCUGCCAACCAAAAUCAAAACAAUUCACUGGCAUUUGCUUUGUGGGAGGAUUUCUUGAAUCGUGUCAAAUCUACUUGCUCCAACACUACCAACAACAAUGAGAACGAUCAAUUCAAAGAGGUAUUUGCAAUCGAGUAUAUUAUAUUCCUCCUAUUCUCAUUCCAUACAUUAGAUCUUCAACAUCGUACUGAAAUAGUCAAGCAAUCCUACACCCACAUUCAACAAGUCAUCCAAAGAAACAAAGAAUCGAAAUUCAUUCCAAAUUCUUUGAUAUUCUCAAGACUCAUAAUGAUUUUAAAUUCACCAUCUACACAAUUAUCAAAUAUAUUCUUUGAUUGUAUUCUUACGCCAAAUCCAAAGAACAAUGUUAUCCAACAGGAGGUACAUAACUCAAUUAUCACUCGUAACUACAAGUAUCUGGUGGAUCAACAGCCAAUCAUCACUACCUACAAGAAACCAGAUCUCUAUGAAUUCAACUUUACACCGGCAUCACAAUCCUCAAAGAACAGUUGGUUGCAAUCAUCGAAUUUAGAUACAGUCUCACUCUUUUUUGAGCAACAAUGUUCUAUUCCCUAUGAAGAGUUCUACAAUACCGUUUGCUUUGGAUUGUCAGCUUUGGAGCCACCAACAUUCACAUCAGCCAUGGAAUCAAUGUACUACGACUAUAUUAUUUCUUCAAGUUGUUUGUUAAUUAGCUCAUUGCCACCUUCCAAAUCAUUCCAACAAUCACUCAAAGAUAAAUCAUUAUUUGAUCAUAUCGAUUGUAAAUCUAUUGUUUAUGUUUCAUAUCUUCAAUCUUUGUUGACUACACACUCUACAAAUCCAUUGGUUCAAGAGAUUCCUUGGAUUGCUCAUGUCAAGAAUAUUAUUGGUGGAUUGUCGAAAUCAGUGUCAGAUGAUUCCAGUACCCUUAGAUCCAAUGUUAGAUUCCAUAGUUUGGUGCAAGUAAGCUUGUCAUUCUUGGCCAACGUCUUUGAGAAACAAGAGAAUGUAAAGAUGGAUAGUGAAUACUUUGAAGGUUGGGACACUCUCUUUGAUCCCGAUGUCGGAGAGAACGACGAUGAAGUCGAAAAGAUGGAAACUGACAAGGUGAAUAGUGCCGCUUCUCAGUUGCCAACUCUUGGAUUGGCAAGUAUAGCCGCCGCCAGUAUCACUCAUUUGAUUCCUCAGCUCUAUGAGUGUUUGAUCGAUUUGCUCCAGUUCUUCAAGAGAGAACAUAAGACCGCUCUCACCAAGCAACUCUCUCACGAAUCAAAGAAUCACAUAGAGUUGAUCAAAGAGUGUUUCUCAUUCUCAAACAAACCCGAUGUUCUCAAUCUUAUGGAGCGUCUUGGCUUUGUCAAGUCAGAUCGCGACGUUGUCGAUAGAUGGACCAAAGAGAUCAGAGUGGACGCGUCCAAUCUCUCAAAGGUGCACGACGACACAUUUGGUUGGCUCAUUCAUCCCUAUCGUCCUACCGACUACCAGCCGGUAAAGUCUGCCUCACAGACACUGGACGUCAUCUCCACCCAACAGAUUAUAACCUCCAUCAGUGAGCUGGCAUUCAUUGCCACAUCCAACGAAUGCAAACUUCCAAAGGCUGCAUCGCUAAAGUUGGAACUCUCCUACGAGCAUAUGUACUUGAACAUCGACCAGAUGCUCUCUUUCAUGAAGGAGUCGAAAUACCUGGAUUUGUCAACCAAUCAACUGGCAUUCCUCAUCAACCUCUCAAAGUUGCAAUCAUUCGAGAAGAUCGUUCGACUCAUUGCCACACUGCCGGCAGAGAUCAAGAAGGGAUCUGCUCUCGAAUCGAUCAUUGUGCUGCACCUGGAUGCCAUUAUCCUGGUGGCAAAGAGCUAUCCAAAUCAUCUCUAUUGCCACUAUAUUUCCUCCAAGAACGCUAUGCCAAUGGGUGAACAAUUCACAGUCACAUUGCCACUAGGUGAUAUCAGUGCAUUCUUUUGGUUGACUCUCAACAAUCAGAAUCCAACCAUCAAUCGCAAGGCGCUAUCUACAUUGAUUCAACUCAUGACCAUUCCAAUCCCACCCGAUUACACAACCUCAUUGAGAAGUCACGCAAUCUCGGCAUUCACUUCGAUUCCAGCUGACGAUCUUAAACUGUGGUUUGAACAGAAACUUCUUGGAACCAUUGUUGUUAACAAUACAGAAGAUAAUGAUGCUGUUUCAUCUUCUUCUUCUUCUUCUGUCGCUAUCGACGCCGAUUCCAUGGUGAUUGACAACAACGAUAAGAAAUCAUUGUCGGUCACUCCGUCGUCUGUACAGAUUCAAGAGUAUGUUGUCCGUCUAAUUGGAUUGAUCACUGGUAACAAAGACUUUGCAAACUUCUCUUUGAAUGCCACAGACAAAAACAAUGAGGAUAAGAACAGCGAUGAUGAAGAUAGUAGCUCAAGUAACGAUAAGAAGAGCAAGAAGAAAGCAAAGAAGCCGAAUGUCUAUGGAAAGAAGACACCACCUGUUUCACCGGUUCUCUCGUCCACGAUUGUAGAUUGGGAAGAAAAAGUGAGUGAUUUUGCACCGUCGCUCUUUAACUAUUUGCUAUCCUCUUUGGGAUCGGCUUUUAAUCAAUGGAUCGACUACCCACACCUGCUCAGAGGUUACUUUGGUCUACUGCAAUACAUUGCGAUCAAGCAGAAUCAACUGGUACUCUUGUUUGCUGAAGUGUCACGAUUGAACUCACCAUCGUUGGUCAAACCAACAUCCGAACAAAUCGAGUCGCUCGACAUCAUUCUCGAAUUCAUUGAGAGUUUCCUCGAGAUCUUCAAAUCGGAAGUGCCAUCUCCCAAGUGCAGUCAUCACCAUCACCACAAAGAUGGCGUUGCUAUCGAUCCAAUGAUAACAGAAGACCACGAUUCACUCAUGGAAGAUGAGGAGGAAGACGACGAUUUGUUGGACGAAGACAGAGAAUGGAAGCAGUCGAGCUACGGACAAAACGAUGCUUCAAGUACCUCAGCCGCUUCUCCAGCAUCUGAUGUUGGAAUCUUUGGAAAUGCCACCGGUGAAAAUGAAGAAGAUAAGGAAUCAAAGUUGGCAUCGAAACUCUGUACUUACACUGCUACAAAGAGCGAGUACAUGGAACAACAUUGGUAUUUCUGUUACACUUGCAACUUGAAGUUGUCAGAGGGAUGUUGCUCUGUCUGUGUAAAAGUGUGUCACAAAGGACAUGCUGUGAGUUACAGCAGAUUCAGUCGAUUCUUCUGUGACUGUGGUGCCGGUGCCGGAAAGGGAGGUGCUUGUAAAGCUUUGAAGCCACGUGCAUAUCAACCACCGAAAACCGACAAACUAUCGGUUCCAAAAUUACCGGAUCUUCUUCCAUCAUUAGUCUCUGCUGCUCCAUCAUCAGCUGCUGCUGCUGCUUCUACUUCCGACAAAGAAGUAUCGUUCUUUGCUCCCUAUGUCACUCAGCAAGACAAAGAGAAGCUACUCGCCGGAAUCGGAGAAUACUCUGACAUUAUCACAAGAAUAUCCGCUUUGUAUCCACAGUUGAUUCAACUGUACAAAUCAACUUCCAAACCAACAGUUGAUGUCGCUGCAAAUCCAGUUUACAACAUCUUCCCGAGUGGUGGAGAAACUGUUACCAAGUCAACCAAAGAGAUGGUCGCCAAAACCGAUUUGUUCUCAAUGAAGAAAACAACUAAAUACAAUUCAUUCGAAGCGAAACUAAAGUAUGAAGGAACUGAAGGCAAUCAAAUGAAGAAUCACAUUGGAUCCGGUCACAUUCAGCGUCGUGCCAUCACCUCGAAUUCGCGUGGUGUUGUUGCGCUGGCCGAGGGUGAGAAUGUCAGCAUUAUCAAUCUCUCAAAGAUUCUGGACGACGACUCCACCGUCGACAAGACCGCCAUUAAAGUACUCUCAAAGUCAUCGGUACAAUAUCCGGUGGUGAGCAUGGUAUUCAACCCAUUGAACGAACGUUAUCUCGCUGUUGUCGGUUACAAAGAAUGCAAGAUUCUAACUGUCAAUCAAAAAGACGAGAUUGUCGAUCAAUUGGUUGUCGAUCUCUCACUCUAUUCACUCGGUGAGAACAUCUACAUCAUCAAGGUCGAGUGGGUUGUCGGUUCGCAAACCGAGAUUGCCGUGGUAACCAAUGAGUUUAUCAAAAUCUAUAAUCUCGCUCAGGACAAUCUCUCACCGAUUCACUUUUACACUUUGGUUGAAGACUACAUUCGUGAUAUGACUAUUGUCCGUCGUAACAAUACCAACUAUAUCGUUGCGCUUGCCGAGUCGGGAAUGCUCUAUUUCCAGGCCAUCCAAGACAGUAUCGAUGACGAAUCGUGUAUCAUGAUAGAAACCAUCCAGGUGCCGACACAGAAGCAAUCGAGUGGUGUCACCGUCUUCAAUGCGCCCGACUUGGAUAUGCUCAUCUGCACCUACACCAACGGUGAAGUGCACGCUCUUCAGUUCGAUGAUAACAUGUCGGUCACCUCGACAUUCCCCAUCCAAGAUCCAAACCUAAAGAUUGCCAUGCCAUCAAUGAAUUUCAUCCAACUCUCUCCGAAUCACUCGAACAUCUUCUCUUGUCUCUCGGCAAGAGGUGGUUUCUUGUUGACCAUGAAGAUUCUCGCGAAUGAAAUUCAAAUGCAAUCCGUCAAGCUAACACCAAAAGUCGAGGGUAUGACCUGGGUGAACAAAGCAUCACCAAAGCUAUUGGUAUUGCUGGAAGACGGUUCACUUUCACGUUAUGACUACUCCAUUGAAACACCUCUGACAGCACCAACAGCAGCCAGCAAGAGUCAAUCGGUUGAAACCAAAGAAAGUGGUAUCGAUAUCCUUUCGCUAUUGAAGAAAUCAAAGAAGCCAACAACCUCAACUGCAGCAACCUUGUCAACUGUUUCCACAGCUAGCAGUAAGACUUCUGAAAAUCCUGUGUUCCCAAUCGAUUUCUUUGAGAAAGUUGAAUGUAUCACUCCACAAGUAAAGUUUGGUGGUGAUCCACUCAUGUGUUACUCACAAGACUUGAUCAAGCAACGUCUUGCCAACAACGACGAAUACAUUGCCUGUCAGAAUCUCGACUCACUCUCGCUCAUUGCUUAUAACAACGAUCCCGAUGUUGUUAUCUGUGGUAUUCGUGUGCUGCUCGGUCACGCAAGCUUGAAGCACAUUCCCACUGAAUUGCGAGUGUUUGACCGUGUCAUAACCACAACCGAAUCUCUGAGAAGAUGGUAUGACAUUCCUCUCACCAAAGAAGAGUCACUCAAGUCCAGCAAGAAACUGACACUGAUUGCAUCUUCCGCUUACAAUCUCGGCAACGCUCCAAUCAUUGAUUCUGUCGAAAUCUAUGCCAUAUCCAAGGAAACCAUUGGAUGGGAUGAAUCGGCUGAACACAAAUCGACACAAUCCGUAGAAUCUCAGAAUCCAACGGAAUCGGUACUACUUCACUCGAUGAAUCUAUUGAAAUACUACUUCUCUGUUGCAUCGCCACAACAAGCUGGUCAACUCACUCAAUUCCAACAGUUACCAGCUAUCAUGACAGAUCCACAACUACUCUUCUUACAGCCAUCGGUAAAGUCAUUGUUGAAGAUGAUUCAUCCAUCUCACGAAGAAUACAUUACACUCAAGUACUCUACGUUGCUCCAGUACGCAAGUGAUUCAAUCACCAAGAUGAUGAAGUUGGCAGCACCGCGCUCACCGAUGUUGUCAUCUAGCAACGGUGCGCUCAAUGCUGGCGAUGUUGAGAGCUUGGAUCAUAUCAUCAAGAUUCUCAAGAAGAUCUCUUGCAAUCAACCAGCUAAAUUGACACAAAACAUUCUUUCAAACCGUCCUUCGUUCCUCAGCGAUCUCCUAUCGGUCUAUCUCUCGGCUACCAACUCUGGCGUGUCGAAUACACUCACCAACGAACAGGUGGUUUCCAAUCUAACUCAUCUUCUCUGGAAUUGUUUACGCUCGAAAUCAUUCCCUACAUCGUCGAUGUUUGAGCUCAUCAAGAAACUGUUGUCUCAUCCUUCAGAGGCAGUGAGAACACGUGCAUCACUCUCACUAUGCGCAUUGAUUACCAAAUCAUCCGGUAACUCGUCGAUCCCCGUCAACAAUGCAACUGGCCAUUCCAACGCCGAUGACAAACAACAAUCGUCAUCAACACAGUUCAUCGAUGAAGUUCUUUUCAGUUGUGACAAAUGUUCGACCAGUCCAAUUCUCAACAAACGUUGGCAUUGCGAUGUAUGUGCAGAUUUCGAUCUAUGCGACAACUGCUAUCAAGAGAUAAAACAAGGAGAUUUACAUCCAUCCGACCACAAAUUCACAGAGUAUCUAUUGGAUGAACCAAUGAAGAUAGAUGAACCAACAGCAGCAGCAACUACAACAGCAGAAACAACAACAGGUGUCGUAUCUUCAUCCAAUGAACAUCAACAACAACAACAACCUAGUUCAGAUUACGAUGAAGAUUUACAACGUGCUAUUGCAAUGAGUUUGGAUGCUCCACAAGAGACGACCACUACAGCCACUCCAGAUAAGAUGGAAACAGAGUCUACUGCAGCUGAAGAUGCUACUCUCUUCCUGUUCAAGUAUGUUCUCGAUGAAAUCAAUCAACUCUAUGAGAAGGGAUUCAACACUGUGUUGCCCUACUUCCAAGUGUUAAAGUCGUUGUUCAUCCACCUCAAUAACAAGUUGGUAUCCUCUAGCCACAUGGAUCAUUUCAUCAAUUUGGUCGUUCAGUAUCUCAGCAAGAAUACUGCAACACUCGGUAAGUAUCUAACUCACAAGAGUUUGGCACUUGAAUCCGAUACCAUGGUGAUUCUAUUGCUAGCUGUGCUGUUGGACACCGAAGAACACAAGCAGAUGAAGUUGAAGGACCCAUCGAAGCCAAGCUCCAGUUCGCCAAUCACUGCCUCUUCCACCACAAGCGCACCCAUUCUUUCACACCAAAUCAUCUUUAAGAUCUCUGAGAUGUUGGUGAAGAAAGGAUUCGUUGGAAUUCUCCAAACCUGGCUGCAACAACUAUUCGAAGUCAUUUCCAAACAACAAUUUGCUCAAGACGGAAACAACUCGCCAUUCGGCGCACUCUUGGUUGCAAACAGCCAAGAUGAUCAAUCACUUUCCAAGAAUAGAUUCUACCCGUUCUUCUCGAAAUCAUUGCCACAAUCAUUGAACACAUUCCACCAGAUCAUUGCCAAGAGUAUAUUCAAGAUAGCCAUUACCUUCUAUCGUUGUGAUCGUCGUAAGAAGAAGAUUGAUAACAACAGCAACAGCAGCAAUAGUAACAACAAUAACAUUGUUGACGAAAAACCAAUGUUUGUUGUAUCUGAAUGGGAUUCAUUGGUAUGCAGUUAUAUUCACUCCAAAAAGACUGCCUCCUUUGUCAAAUAUCCAAAGAAACUUCUUCUUCUCCUCAGUCAAACCAAAUCCUCGUACUACUCGAUUCGUGACGAAUAUCUAUUGCGAAACAAGUUCACCAAGAUUCAAAACUUGGAGUCUCAAUCCAAUGGAUUCACUGGCGAUAUCCAUUACGAUCACUUAAUCAAAUUGAUCAACUAUCUCUCUAAUGUAUUGGUUGUUCUAUUCAAUAAUCUAUUCACUCUUCCAGAGGAAUCUUCUUCGUUGAUUCUCGAAUUGCUGACCUAUGCUUUCGUCACUGAGAAGGUUGACCCAAAGAAAGAUCAAUCAAAGGUUGAAUCCUCAACCUCUGAGAAAGAAGUAGCAAUGGAUGUUGAAAUGGCAAGUGAUAACUCUGCGUUCAUCACCAAGAUCAUUCCAAUCUUCCUUCAAGACAAUCUCUUAGAUACACUGAUCAACAAACUGUUGUUGGAACCAAAUGCACUCGAUUUGCGAACCAAUACCAGCAACUUUUUGUACUAUCUCUGGAAAUCUUGCAACGAUGAACAAAAAAUAUUCAUCAACAGAGUACUUUGGACCAAAUUAGACAAAGUUGUCUCCUAUGGAAAGAAUUCAAAUGAGUUUAUGGAGCUACUUACCUAUUUCAUCAAUGAAAUUGAUUCAAACAAAUGGAAGGAUCAAUAUAAUGAAUUCGCUGAUAAAUUUGUAAAGAGUUUCAAAACACAGAAUAAUGUUAUUUGUAAUCAUCCAAACUCACAGAUCUACAAUAGUCUUGGAACUAUUUUGGAGUUGGAUGGUUACUAUUUGGAGUCGGAACCAUGUCUUGUGUGUAACAAUCCAGAGGUACAAUAUCAAACCUACAGGCUGGACACUCUCAAGCAAGAGGUCAAGUUCACUGAGAGUGCACAACUGAUAAAGUUCAACGGUGUAUACAGCAUCCAGAAACUCACUAUCAAUAUCAGUGAUAUCAAGAAGGCAAGAAUGAUCAAGACCAUCAAUCUCUACUACAACAACAAGAUCAUCUCUGACAUUGGCGAACUCAAAGGCAAGUUCCAACAGUGGAAGAAGUUGAAGCAGAUCCACUUCACUCCGAACCAAAACGAAAAGACUGUGAAGUUCCAAAUCCCAAUUGCCGCUACCAACUUUAUGAUCGAGUACUUUGACUUCCACGACAACCUGCAAGCGUUGGCAUCGGAGAAACUUCAGUGUCCACGUUGUAGCAGAACGGUGACCGAUAAACAUGGUCUAUGCAAACACUGCCACGAGAAUGCCUAUCAGUGCAAGCAGUGUCGUAAUAUCAACUACGACCAUCUCGAAGCAUUCCUCUGUAAUGAAUGCGGUUACUCUAAACACGCUCGCUUCGACUACUCCUUCACUUGCAAGCCAACCGUCUCGGUUGAGAAGAUCGAGAAUCAAGACGACUAUGCUCGUGCCGUUGCUACCAUCGACAAGGAAUCGGAGAAUGCACACAAGAAGUAUCAACGUCUCACUGGAUUCAAAAAGAUCAUUGCCAAUCUUAUCACUUCCUUCCAAACUCAGGAAGCAUGGCCCAAAGAAGAGAUGUUUGCCAACAUGACAGCGGCCGCUGCUGCAUCGAGUCAAGCAGCCGCUGCUCCCGCUCAAUCAUCCGCUGCCGCCAGCGGAAGUGCAUCGCAAGCCAACAACUUUAUCUCACUCAAGAUCAACCGAAAGAUUGGAUAUCUCGCCAAACUCUACGAGAAAGAGUGCAAGUCGAUCUUUGAAGGUCUGAGCAAGAGCGUUCAAAUCUUGUUGUCCACUCGUAUGGAGAUUCUCAAGUACAUGAACUCACUCUCCAAGAAACCAAGAUCGAAAGACACCAUGAUGCGUGAAACCAGUAACUGUUUCGGUUGUUCCAAUUCAUUCGCCGAGCAAUCGCUUGCCUUUUUGAAUCAUCUCUCGAGAAAUCCUGCUCUCGUCGACCUGAGAAAUCUCUUGAUUGCAAAGGGUCUGACAAAGGAACUCUUUAAGAACAAUAUUCAUCAAGGAAAGAGUGAUUCCAGAAACAACGCUCGCUUGGCCAUCUCCUAUUUGACCAAGAACAAUGCUGACGCAACCGUCCAGCUCAAUCAGUGGAUUCGCAACAAGAUUGACUAUGUCAUUGAGAAUUGCAGUUCACUCGAUCUGCCAACCAUGAUCUCCAGUCAUAUGAUGUUGGUCAAGGAGUACAGUCACCUCACCGACAGUCUCUGGCAAACCAGAUUCCGUUUCAUCAUGGAGAUAUUCUUCAAAGCGAUCGAUGUCGGUUCCGACAGUCCUGUCAUCUCUGAAUUUAUCAUUCUCCCAUGUCUCAAGAUCAUUCUCUCGCUUUGCACACUCGAUUCACAAGCUAAAGCCGCUCAAAAAGAUCAAGACAACACUGAGAACCAAAAGUUGUUGCAGCUCAAAUUCGAACGACUCAAAUCCAGAAAGAAUCCAGCUCUCGGAUCACUUGAGACCGCCAACAAGGCAACUGAGAUUCUUCCAGGUGCACAUCCAUCGAGUGCCACCAGCAGCGCCACAGUCAGAGCAGCCAUCUCCACCUCGUCCGACUCUUCGUCGCUCUCCUACUUUGACAGCGCCGAUCCCAAUGUCAAGUACGAUGAAUGGUUGAAUUCCGAUUCAUUCGAAUCGUGGUCACAAAAGUACCAACCAUCGAUAUUCCUUAGCAAUAGCACUGAUGAGCAACCAACCCUAGUCGAUCAUUCUCAAUCGUCAUCAUCGGACAACAAGGAAAUGAAUCGUCGUGAAGUCAGAGCACGUUUCCUUGCAACCAAGUACGUUGGCAAGUGGAAAUCGAUCUUGAAUGCCAAGAAACUGAAGGCUGGUAUCACACUUCCAACCAGUCCACUCGAAGGAUUGUUUGAAGACAGUUGGGUCAAGAAAUUGCUUUUCAAUUCGACAUCAUCGAUUCGUAUUGAAACUAUCAAUCUCAUGAACAUACUCUCUAGAUCCAGUCCAGCUAGAACACUUAGAUUCCUCGAUCUCUUUGAAAAGAUGAUUCCUCACGCUGCACAAGUCGGUGAAUACAGUGCCGAGUUCUUUGCACUCUUCAACAAGAUCACCCAGAGCGACGAACGAAAGAUCUAUCUCACUGUGAGAGGAUUCCUCCCUUACAUCUGUGAUCUCAUGAUCAACCAAAUCGACCGUAUCUACUCUAUGGAAUCAUCGUUCAAUACUGAUGUCUCUCAAGGUUUCGUAUUGAAAACAUUGGUAUCGAUUCUAGAAUCAUUCGUUCAAGUUCCAUCGAUUAAACUCAAGAUGAAACGUGACAAUAUCAUUGAUAAGGUGUUGGAUGCAUUCCUCUCACUGCGUGGAAUUAUCAUUCAGAAGAACAAGUUGACUGAGGAUUCCGUCAAACAACUUCAAGACAUUAUGAAAGCACUCAAUUCCGAAUCGAAUGAAGACAACAAGAAGUUCAUUGCCGCCAAUAUCAAGGCGUUGUCCAAGCAUGUCAACAACGGUCGCACUCCAAUAUUCAUCUUUGAGCAGAUUUCCAACAUUGUUUGUCCACUCAAACCAGAGCCAAUCUACCAAAUGAUAUUGACCAAGGCAUCGACACAGGAAGACUAUAUUCGUGGUUCCAUGAACAAGAAUCCAUAUCCAUCGAAUGUUGUCGGUCCGCUGAUGCGUGACGUCAAGAACAAGAUCUGUAAGACACUCGAUCUCGGUUCAUUCUUGGAUGACGACAACGGUAUGGAGCUGCUCGUCGACAACAAGAUCAUAAAGCUCGAUCUCCCAAUCAAGAAAGUCUAUGAACAAGUCUGGAAACGAAGUGCACAAGCUCAACGUGCUGCCAAUGUCAACAUUCCUAUGAAUGUUGUCUAUCGUCUCCAAGGUCUCGACGGUGAAGCCACUGAGGAAAUCAUCGAGAAUCUCAGUGAUAACACCAACGAAGAGCGUGAUCCAGAGGAAGAAUUUGAAAUCACAAGUGUCAUGAAAGAGUGUGGCGGUCUCGAUGCAAUGCUCAACAUCAUCGAGAGAAUCAACGAUUUCUCUACGGAGAAAGAGUUGGCACAGCUGGUCAUCAAGCUUCUCUACCACUGUAUCAAGAUUCAAGUGAACCGUCAGCAACUCCUCUCACUCAACGGUGUAAGUCGACUCCUCGAGAAACUGAAACAAGCUUUCCCACAACCAGAUCUCGCCGAAUCACUGUUACUGAUAACAGAAUCGAUUGUUUCCGAAGCCAACAGAACCUACCUGAGCAACUCCAAUUCCGACGUCACCGCGCUCGCUCAACAAAAGAAUAGCAAAGAAGCACAAGAACAAAUGACGCUAUUCCUUGACAAACUCACCAGUCCACUGGUUCGAUCGAAUGCCAAGUUGAUUCAAGCAAUGACAAGAGUCAUUCCCUUCUUGACCUACGGACACGUCGAGGUAAUUCAAUCGCUCGUUGAAUUUUUUGAGCCAUCACUCCAAUUCGAGGCACUCGAUGAAAAGAAACUUUCAAAGGAUAGUCAGGUCAUCACCAACAUGGAUUACUUCACCAAGAUUGCAGACUCAACACGUCCCGAUGAAAAUGGCUACAAGUUGAGAACCUUUAUUCUCGAGCGUGGCAUCACCGAAUCACUCUACACCUAUCUAGACACUCAUUUCGCUGAGGAUAAAGACAAGUCUUCGAAAGAGUGGAUUGAUUCCCUUGAGAAACCUGCACUCCCAUACGUCUUAGUAUUGUUGAAGGGUCUUGCCAACGGUCACGAACCAACUCAAACAAUGGCCAUCGAAAAGAAUAUUCUCAAGCGUGUACACCUUAUGGAGCAGACCACUACAGGCGCCAAGAUUGGUACACUCGCAGAGAAUCUUUUGGAGGCACUCAAAGAAGACAAUCCAAAGGUGACCGCGGUAAUCAAUGAAAUCCGAAAGGAGUCGAGAAACGAAAAGAUGAAACAAGCAGAGAAACACAGAGAAGGUGUCCUCAAGGAACUAGGUCUCUCGCAACAAGGCAAACACAUCACUGCCACCUUUGUUCCAGGCAGCAUUGAAGAACUCGAAGACGAAGAAGGAUUCACAUGCAUGGUGUGUCGUGAGGGUUACAGCUUCAAGCCUGAAGAUGUACUCGGAAUCUACACUUACUCCAAGAAGAUUCCAUUGCUUCCGAUCAAUGAAACCACUGUCAGUUCGACCACUGGAACACCAUCCGGUGUAUCCUAUGGUUUCUCGACCGUAACUCACUUUAAUAUUAUUCACUACUUCUGUCAUAGAGAUGCCACCAAGGCCGACAAGAGUAUGAAGGUUCCAAAAGAGGAGUGGGAAGGUGCAGCACUUCGUAAUCAACAAACCAAAUGUAACAAUAUCUUCCCAAUUCAAGGUCCAAUGAUCACCAACGACGCGUUCACUCCAUACUGCGAUAAAUAUUGGAGUAACAUCAACAAUAUCUCUAGAAUAGAUGGACCGAAAUUCAGAUUGUUGGCACACGACCUCAAGCUUUUGCUUGUCCGUUUCGCCAAAGAUGAAUCAUUUAGCCAAGACUCAAAGGGUGGUGGUAAAGAAAGUAACAUUAGAAUCAUUCCAUUCUUUAUUCAAUUCGGAUCUUUCCUGUUGGAUCAAAAAGUUGUUGGAGGAUCGUCGAGUGCCAAUCAACUAAGAAGACCACACUUUGACAAGCUAUUCACUCAGUUCAUUGCGAAUACUGUUGACACUGUCGCCACUACCUCAACACAAUCCGACAAUGUUCCAUACUACCUGGUACUCACACUCUAUCUACAUACCUACAAGGAAUGGCGAACCAAUAGAUUCAACUUGUUGUCCAAGUUGAUUGCCUACAGCUUCACUGAAACUCUAUCGACACCUGUCACUGCCAACAUGGCAACUCCAACCUCAACAGCACCGCUAUUUAAUGCAUUGAGACCGUGGUUGCUCUUCUUCACCUUGAUCGACAAGAUUCAAGACAUCGUAAAGACACAAGACUUACUUCUCACAAACCUCAACAGUCAUCUCUCAAGCAACUACACCAAGAUUCAAUCGGAAUUCAAAUCACUUUUGACAACAUUCGAAGAAUGUAAAUACUAUGAAGAUGAAAAUGAAUUCUUUGAUGACCUUGGACUCCUUAAAGAUAUUCUUGACAAUCACAAGACUACUUCAGAAUAUACAGCGUUGAAAUCAUGUGAGCUUUGUGAAGCAGAUUUAGAAAACAACCAGCGCCAUAAAAAAGAAGGGUCUACCUUGGUAUUUUCAAAAUCCUCGGAAUCCAAACCACUAACCUUGAAUCCACAAGCUUAUUGUACUGUUACAACCUGUAAAGAGAGUAAAUCUAGAAAAUUAAAAAAUAGAAUCCUAGGUGGUCCACAGAAUGCUACUGGUGUUCGUUAUUAUGGGUGUCUAUAUGUCGUGACGACAAUGAUUUGUCAUCUUUAG